UGCAGGUACGGGGAGGUCGUCAACAUCAACCUGGUGAGGGACAAGAAGACCGGAAAGUCCAAAGGCUUCUGCUUCCUGUGCUACGAGGACCAGAGGAGCACCAUCCUCGCUGUUGAUAACUUCAAUGGGAUCAAGAUCAAAGGAAGGACGAUUCGAGUGGACCACGUGGCCAACUAUCGGCCUCCCCAGGACUCUGAUGACUUGGAUGAUGUUACAAAAACCCUCCAUGCAAAGGGUUGUGGAGUUAAAACGCCGCCUCAUACGUCAUCCGAUUCCCUGUCAGAAGAUGAUGAUGUGCCUGUAAAAAAGCCAAAAGGUGAGAGGAGCAGAGAGGAGCGGCGGCCGGCGAGCUCCCAGCCUGGGAAGAGAGCGGUGUCCGCGGAGGAGGCACAUCCCAGGAUCAAGAUUAAGAAGGAGAAGGAGGACCCGGCCUACGACCACUACGCCAGCGGGAGCCAGCAGCCCGGGAGGGGCUCCGAGAGGAAGCCUUCGAGCAGGACGCAGCGGGAGGAGGAGGAGCGGAGGUACCAGAGGCCUCCGGAGAGGAGAGGGGAGAGGAGCUGCCAGGACCAGUGGGGCCAGG